ACACAUAUAUAUAUGUUCUACACACAUAUGGUUCAUUUAUAACUGAAGUGGCUCAGUUCUUCAACUCUAAAGUAACAUACAUACAUAAAUACACACACACACAUAUAUAUAUGCAUACCUGAACCAUAUGUAUAUGUAUGAUUCAUUUAUAACUGAUGUGACUUAGCUCUUUAAUUCUAAUGUGAUACUUAUAUAUACACACAUAUACAUAUAUGAACCAUAUAUAUAUAUAUACACACACACACAGGUGGUUCAUUUAUAACUAGUGGCUUAGUUCUUUAUCUCUAAGGUUAUAUAUAUAUAUAUGGUCUAUAACUGAAAAGGCUUCUUUAAGGUAAUAUAUACAUACAUGCACACACAUAUACACGCAUAUAUGAACCAAUGAUUCAUUUAUAACUGAAGUGACAUUUCUUUAAGGUGACAUGUCUAUGUGGAUGUAUAGUUCUUCAUCUUUAGGGUGAUAGAUAUAUUUGUGUGUGUGUAUAUAUGUACUGUAUAUAUUUCAUUUGUAACUCAGGUUGCUUAGUUCUUUAUCUCUAAGGUUCUCUCUCUCUUUCUCUAUAUAGCCAUACACACACACACACACACACACACACUAUAUACACAUACACACAUACAUGAUUUAUCUAUAACUGGGGUGGCUUAAUGCUUUAUCUCUAGACUGAGAAGCACUGUUGUUGUUGUGUGCCUUCCAGUGGUUUCCGGCUUAUGGUGAGCCUAUCAUGGGGUUUUCAUGGCCAGUUUCUUCAGAGGAGGUUUGCCAUGGCCUUCUGAGGCUGAGAGAGUGUGACUUGCCCAAGGUCACCCAAUGCGUUUCAGAAGCACUGCAGGAACAUGCAAAGUACUAAAUAGCAUGUCAUUGUAUCAGGAGCAGGUAGGUCGCUUUCUGGUUUGUUCAGCUCCAGCUGUAUGGAGCGAAGGACAGGGUCAGUAGUUGUAUUUGUGAGCUGAUACGGUUGUAAAUGUUUUCAAAGUCCCCUGUGGCUUUGUGAAGACUUUCCUGGUGCCUGUAAUUCAAUGAGGGAUGUGAGGAGAACUUCAAAACAGACUGAAAUGAGUGUUUCUUAAACGUGGCAUAUGUAGCAAGCUUGCAGGAAGGGCAAAGCUAGUGCUCUUGAAAGCUUGCAAAGAAAUGAUUAACUAGAAGGGCCAGUCCUCAAAAAGUUACAUUGGAAGGCCUGAACCCAACAACACUCCUGUGUUUGUGCCCCAGACGGAUAGUUAUAAUUCUGAUUGUAAGGUAGCUGGAUUGCAAAUGGGCCUAGUCCCGUCCCCCCAUACCAUAUUGCAGAGCAAAGUCUGUAAAUGUUGUUAAUGAGGCAGCUUAACUUCCUGUUACAGGAUGUUAAGGCCCAAGUUCUGUGCAAUCUGUUCUUAAAUUAACAAAAGCAAAUCUUAGAGUUUGUUUAUGUUAUGCAUUACUUUCUUUGCAGCAAAAUACUCCAAGGUAAAACGGAAGCUAAACUUGGAGACUGACCACCAGUACAUUGCAGAGAACAUUCAGGGCCGAGGAAAAGCUAGAAACCCUGUCAAAGGGGUGAAGUCUCCUGGAGAGAAAUCUCGCUAUGAAACCUCUUUGAAUCUGACCACCAAACGUUUUCUGGAAUUGCUGAGCCAAUCUCCUGAUGGAGUUGUGGAUCUCAACUGGGCUGCAGAUGUGUUGAAAGUGCAGAAAAGGCGGAUCUAUGACAUCACAAAUGUCCUGGAAGGGAUCCAGCUAAUCACCAAGAAGUCCAAGAAUCAUAUUCAGUGGCUGGGUAGCAGGUCUGCAGUGGGAGGCCCCAGCAAUUGCCAAGGGUUAAUGAAGGAGCUCCAGGAUCUUCAGGCUGCAGAACAGCAGCUGGACACCCUCAUCCAGAUGUGUACUACUCAAUUCAAGCUCCUCACCGAGGACCUGGAGAACAAGCAUUCAGCUUAUGUGACUUGCCAAGAUCUCCGCAGCGUUGUAGAUCCAUCUGAGCAAUUGGUGAUGGUGAUCAAAGCCCCCCAGGAGACACAGAUGCAAGUCUCUGACCCAGCAGAGGCUUUCCAAAUUGCUGUGAAAAGCACUCAGGGCCCUAUUGAUGUAUUCCUCUGUCCAGAAGAGAGCUCGGGGGUCUGCAGCCCCACCAAGAGUCCACAGAAAGUGGCUGUUGAGCAACCUUCUCCUGAGUCUUCACAAACAGCAGCAGCAACCACCACUGCAACCACAUCUGUGCCUCUACACUCUUCCCAGGAAAUGAACUGGCCACUGCUGAGUGGAGACCAAGCAGAACCCUUGUUGUCUGGAGAAAGUACACUGCCUUUGAAAUGCCCUGCAGAUGACGUGAGCCUUUCGCCACUGGCCUCUGUAGAUGCCCUGCUCCACCACGGCAAGGAUGACUUCUCAAGCUUCCUGCCUACUGAAUUUAUUGCACUUUCACCACCCCAGACCCAGGACUAUCACUUUGGGCUCGAGGAGGGGGAAGGCAUCAGCGAGCUCUUUGACUGUGACUUUGGAGACUUUACUUCCUUGGAUUUUUGAGCAUCCUCUGGCAGUGGGGGAUGGAAUGCCACUCAGAUGAUCCUGCCACACCAAGGCAGGGAGCUGACCUCUGAAUGUAACCAUAUGGCCAGCUGUGGCCUCCUGGGCCAACAUCCUGUGGAGCAGAUUUCAGGGGAGGAAAGAGUAGGCUGGGGCAAAGGGCAGUAAUGGGCAGGGGUGGGAUACAGUCCUUGGAGAUGUCCACCCAUUGUGAGUCACCUCACCAAGAUUAAGGAAGGUGACUGUGAAGCUGAUGAGUGCUCUGAAUGUUGCAGACCUCGUUCUGUGAUCUUUUAUGUAGGAUCAGGCAGGCAUCACCUCAAUCCUAUUGUGCCCAGGCCCCUAAGUAGUUUUGGCUAGGAGUCAGUGGGCAGAUUUGCCUUAAAUCUCUGGUGCCAUGUUUUGACUCUGUAGGGAUAGUCCUAGCAGUGCUGUUGCUGUAACAACAGUUGCCUUGUCCAGGCUGAACUAAUCUUUCCACCUAAAUUCUCAGUUUAAAUUCUACAGAGUGGCAGGCAGGUUGCUUUUGUUGCAUGGUUUGCUCUCCUUCCUGUGAGCAGUUCCCCUUCAUGCCUUAGAAAAUGUGGUGGGCAGAAGCUCUCCUUUGGAGAAGAUAAGACAGUUUUGUCACUCUCAGCAAAAAUUCCUUUGGGAUGUGAAUCAGCUGAGGUGUCCUAAAUAUUGCCAUUUUAAGAGGGAUGUGGAGGCACACCAUUUGUCAGUCAACUAUGGGAGAAAGAUAUAGGGAUGGUACUUCUAAUAACAGUCAGCAAUAAUCUGGCUCCCCUUUGUCCUACACAGUAGACCUUUUUGACUGGCUAGUACUGAAACAUAACAAGCAGUUCAGGGAUAGAUGGACAUUCUGUUGCUGGAAUGAUGUGAACCUAGGAUUUGUAAUUGAGUAGUGAAAUAAUGGGCAUGUUGAGGAAAGGAAGCCAAGACUGUGGAACUCAGCAGGGUGGUGUCAUGGGUGCCUUUCAUUAAAAUGAGCUGCUCAGGCUAGUGAACCAAUCUGGAUAAUCAGACAUGCUUUUUGCUGUUAAUUUUUUUCUUUUUAAUUCAGAUUGGAAAAAGGAGUUGAGCUUUUUUAUAUAUAUACACAAGGCAUACAAGAAUGAUGAGGUGAGUUGUUUCUGAAUAUUAGUGUCAAGCUUGUUCUCAAAGGUCCUUGUGGCAAAGCUUUAAGGAGAGUUCUGUAUAGAUUAUUUAUUUAUUUUGGGCUUUUUCCUAUCCCGCUACACCCUUUCUUGGAAUGACUCUGAUCCUGCCUAACCCAUGGUGGAAUAUGUACAUAUCUAAGGGAGGGUUGGAUUUUAUUUUUUUAUUAAAAUAUUUGGCUAGGUGGCCAGUGGGCUCAAUUGUCCUUAUUUCUGAGCAGAAGGCCAAAAAGGCAAAUGGGACAACCCUUAAGGCAGAGAGUGAGAUUAGCCAGAUCAUUUACUUUAGCAGAAGAAGGGCAGUGUGGCUUGCUAGUUUGCAAAACGGAUUCUAGCCCAGAUAAUACUGUAAGCCAAGAAUGGAUGAAAAUGCCUUGUAUUCAGGGACUGCCUGGCUCUUCCAUUGUGAAGCAAGGAAGAAAAUGCUGACUUCUAUCUCCGUAUUACCAUCUCCUGUGCAAAUCUCUCUUUUUUUGUGGGGAGGAGGGUGUCCAGAUCUCAUGGUUUCAUAUUAAUUUAUUUAUUAUUUAUGUGGCUCCAUCCAGCACUUCUGGAAGGUAAGGAAAGUUUCAGAGGAAGAGGUGGAACUCUACAUGUCCAAGUAUGUGGAAAGAGGCCAUAUUGUAUUGUUAGAAUAGCUAACAUAGCAAUUAAGAAUGAAGAAAGGAGUUCUGGAGGGAAAGAGUUAGCCUGUGUGUGUUGUAGAAGUGCUGUUAGGAUCUGGUGACAAGAGUCUGCUGAGUUUCCCAUCCACGUGAUGGAGUGUGACUGGUCAAGAUUGCUGUAUUGAAAUGCUAUUUAUUGGUAGAAAGUGGGCCUCAGGUUCAUCUUGUAGAGAAAUAUUUGGGGAUCUUGAGGGAUGGAGGUUGAGAGAAGGAGAGAGGAAAAGACUAGGCUAGUAUGUGAGUAUGAGAAAGAAAUGACUCUCUUUUUGACUUACCUAUUCUGAUAAGUAGCUUUAGUUGUCCAAAAGUAAAUUUUACCAGCUCGAUUAAGAGUUGUACCUAGCUAGAGCUUGAAAAUGUUUCUUUUUUUACUAUAAUUCCCUGAAUUCCUUGGUCACGGUAGUAUAAAAAAGUAAUGUUUCCAAGCCUAUGACAAGGUAGUGAUUGGUGUUGUCCCUUAGGUGCCUUCCUGUUUCAAUAAGUACUAUAUAUUUCAAUUAACUGGAACUCACCAAAGCAUGCUCCUGCUUGAUAGGAGCUUUUCUUGCUUUACAAAAAGGCAGCUGUAAUAUUGUGUGUGUGUGUUGUCUGUGUGUUCAUGUAUGAUAAAGGAGGAGCUAUAGCGCCCAAGAAGUUGAUGUGUGUAGGAAGUAUUUACAGCACCAGUAGGUUAAUGGAUCAACUAUAUCCAUUUGACCUAGCUGCGUGAGGAAAACAAAUUGUUUGGGCUUGUGAGAAUAAUGAAUUGGGCUACUGUCCUUGUCACACAUUGUGGCCUCUGGUCUUGGGUUACUGUAAUAGAAAUUCAUUUUUUUCCUGGAUGAGGGGAAACAUAGGAAUGAGGCCUCUCUUUAACUGGGUCUUCUCUAGAUGUUAAAUACACCAUUAGUCCUUGGUCAAACUUAAUCAGACAGCAGAUGGUUAAAUAAAAGUAUGUGGUGUGUCUCCCACACCAGUUCCCUCCACUCCAGGUCUGAGAACCCCUUUAGUCUAUGAUUGCAUAAAGAGAGAGUGGCUAACUGCCCCAGUUUUCAGUCUACCACAUUGCAAGUUUGGUAUCUGUAACUAACACUGUCUUGAAAGAAUCAUUAAUGGCUAUAAGAAUAUAUAGCCCAAGAACCACUACUUGAGAAUGGCUGCCAUUAUGCAUUCCUUUUCAUCAUUAUUCUUGAAGAGCCUUACUUUCCUGUUUCAAAUACUAAGGAGUGAAGGCUGUUGGUUGCUUUCAUGAGAGCUACCACAAGCUCUGCACUUAUGUCCACCGUGCUUUUGUAUUUCUUGAUAAUCUUUCCUCUGUAAUGUGGAGAGGUUCUUGGGAGUUGUUUCUGGAAAACCUGUAGCCCUUCAGAUGUUAAGCUAUUGGUCCGCAUCAUGCCUCACUAUAGGCCACGUUGGUUAGGACUAAGGGGAAUUGGAGUCAAAUUCCAGAGGGCCAUAGGUUCUCCAAUUCUGCUCUGGAUGCUUUCUACUUUGUUGUGGUGAGCAGCAACCUAUUCUUGUCUCUGAUCUCUUAGAGGUAAGAUGGAUGCUGUCUUUCCUAAUAGUUUUAUUUCCCACUGUGUCACUAAAAAGCUGUUCCAUUUUUCAGCCUUCAACUACCACCUGCAGUGGAGGGAUGUCUGGUAAUUGUUUUUCAGGUGACAUGUUUCAUCUCUCUUUCUCUCACCUUGCAGCAGUGGGUUGGAAGGUUUUUGCUUCCAUCAAAAGUGAUCACAGCCCCAUUAGUAAUGGAGAAAACAGCCAACCUAUUGAAGCUCCUGUAUUGGGAGAGGGGGAGUCGAGGAGCACAAAACACUCACCUAGGAUAAAGGUGUAAACAAGAAAUACAUUUGAAGGAGGCUGUGAGAUUAGCUUGUUCUUUGCAAUUUGGCCCCGCAUGGUAGAAGACUCUAAAACUCAGAAGUUUGUAAACAUACAACCAUCCUUCUGUUGGAACAGCGACCUACAGGCUGUUAGACCUCUAAGCAAUAUUUGCAGAGUGGGACAUCUAAGCACUUACUUUACUGAAUAAAAUGGGUGGUGAGGAGGGAGGUAAGCCUAUGAGCAACAGUGUUUAUGGAUUGGGGAACUAUCAAGAGAAGAAUCUCAGAUAUUCCAGAUAUCUUGAACUGAGGCAUGGAAGCCUAGAGACAGCUGCAGAAAAUUCUAUUGGUAUCACCCCAAGAACCAGGGUUGGGUGGGAGUAUUGCUGGUUUUCUCACCCAAAUAUGAGCACUUAAUAUGGCCCAAAGUACUAAUAAUGUUGAAAAGCCUUGAAAUCUCUUGAAGCAAUGAAGUGUGAUACACCUCCUUCUGGCAGGUCUGUAUUACUACUACCUGUGAGAAACCUAGGCAGAUCCAAGUGGACGUUAGCUUUUGUCCCAUUGGUUUAUUAAAAUUGAAAGCACAGUAGAUGAGAAAAUGCCUUCAGUCCCAGCAAGAGAAGUGGAUACUUUAAUGUAACAGGUUGUGGAAGUGAAGAAUUUUGGGAAAGCAGUGGUAAUUCUCUUGAGUUGGGUAAAGGCUGCUGGGAUACUGUGAUGGUUCUUAAAGGAUUGCACCUUUUUUGACAAGUGCCCAGCCAGGAGAUCUGGUUAUUUCAGUGGCCAAGCAGCAGAAAGGACAGCAAAUUCCAGUGCCUCAUACUGAGGGGAAUGCACUUCUGUGUGUGCCUUUAAAAAUAGCCUUGUUCAUGAUUUGUGCUUUUAGUUUUAAUAAAUAUUUCUACUCCAUUUCAUUUCCACUUUUGAAUGUGUUCUUUUCUUUUGAAAUUGCUUAAUGGCUUUCAUGGGCUGGUUGGUAGUCAAUACUUGUCCUACUACGCUAAUGUCCUGUCCUAAGGAUGGUGAAGGUUUUACAUUGACCUUUAUUCUAUUUAAAGGUUUAUCUUUGGAAAGGGACUGCUUCAUGAUUAAGAGCCUAAGAAAAGCCAUGCUGUAGCAAACAGAAAUAUCUGCCUAGCCCAGCAUCUUUCUGAUCACUGUGCACGAACAGUUGCCUUUGAACAGAAUUGGCAGAAAAGUUACUUUCUGGGCUACUGACUCCCGAAAUGA